AUGGCUCGUACAAAGCAAACUGCCCGCAAAUCCACGGGAGGCAAGGCUCCGCGCAAGCAGCUGGCCACGAAGGCAGCUCGCAAAAGCGCCCCCGCCACUGGUGGUGUGAAGAAACCGCAUCGCUACAGGCCCGGGACUGUCGCGCUCCGUGAAAUCCGUCGCUACCAGAAAAGCACGGAAUUGUUGAUUCGCAAACUGCCUUUCCAACGUCUCGUCCGUGAGAUAGCUCAGGACUUCAAGACUGACCUGCGCUUCCAGAGCUCGGCCGUGUCCGCUCUGCAAGAAGCCAGCGAGGCUUAUCUGGUUGGCCUGUUCGAAGACACCAACCUUUGCGCAAUCCACGCCAAGCGCGUUACCAUCAUGCCUAAGGAUAUCCAAUUGGCGCGUCGCAUCCGCGGUGAACGUGCCUAA